AUCAUUCUGACUGGCCUGACCUGGGACAAAUUUCAACAUUGAGCUUCCUAAAUUUCAACAGGAUGGCUCUUGACUACCCUGUUCCAGAGAUGGAUGUGACCUUGCAGGAAGUUUGCCGCGUUCUCCAGCUCACUUUAAGUCCUGAUCUUUAUGCUGACUUCAAAAGCACGCUGGAGAAGCAGAGACCACUUCUUGAAGAGGCCCAGCAAAAAUUAGCAUCCAGAGUUGCCGGUCAAGAGAAUUGGGUGACGGAGCAAUUCAAAAAAAGUCUGUUAUCCUGUGCAGACCCGCUGUCAACUGCCACUGCCCUGCCAGUUGUUCUUCUACCAUCCAAAGCGAAGGGAUGCAACCAGUUAAAGAGAGCAGCUGCUCUGCUUUGGGCAGCAGCAAAGUUGUACAGCGAGCCAAAGAUGCUGGAGGGUGACGUUCCCAUGGAACAAACGCAGCAAUCUGAGGUUUUUGCUGCCACUCGAAUUCCUGGCAAGAGUCAAGAUGAAAUCAAGGUAUACCCAGAAAGCAUUCACGCCAUUAUCACUUGUGUUGGAGGAGUGUUCCCGGUUGACAUACUGCAGCGUUCCAGCACUAGUGAGCCAUUAUCUGCUCGAUCCUUCACUGACAUUUACAACCAACUGGCUAAAAUGGCGGACCAGCUCACCACAGGAAGGCAGAAUGACCCCUUGGCCAUUUGUAGCCUCUCUGCUUUGGAGCGCAAGUCCUGGGCUAUCAUCAGGGAAGAGAUCAUGGAGAAAGGAGGAGCUGCUGCAGCAUCACUGCAGAUAAUGGAGAGCGCUGUGCUGUCAUUAAGUCUCGAGGACUGCAACGCACCUUCUGAAUUGGCUGACAUCCUCAACGCAGUAAGGCUGGGAGGAGGAGCUGGUCCCUGUCUAAGAUACUAUGACAAGGUGGUGAAUCUGGUGGUGUUCAAGGACUGCACAGCCGGGAUGGUUUUUGAGCACUGCGCUGUGGAUGGGAUGGUGGCUGGCCUUUUUAUGGACCUCUUUGGAUGUCCCUCUGUGUACCUCACUGGUACCGAUCUGAUGGAGGGAGUGGAGUGUGGAGUUGGAAACGUUUAUGCCAAAGAUCAGCUCGCUGUAACCUACCUUGGAAAAAGGGACAAGGUUCGAGUUAUGCUUAAUGGGAAAGGUAGCUUUGUUCUGGUAUUGGACAAGCUUCAGGAAAACCUGAAGAUGAACUUGACCUUAGUGAUGAUUUUAGCGCUCAGAUAUGCAAUUGCAUGUCAAAUGGGAGCUCUGGAGUGUCUCCUCAAACAAAACCAAACGAAAAACAUGAAUGGUGAGAUGAGUCACUUUCCAACGAGCAAGGGCAACAAUAAAACAACAGCUGAUACAACCGCAGAUGUGAGUUCGGACUACACUCUGGUGAUACAUGGUGGUGCUGGAGAAGGAAUGAUGCUGAACACAGAAGUGAUAAAUGUUAUUGAGUUUGCUCUGCAAACAGCCUUAGCCCUUGGAUCGCAAGUGCUUCAACGUGGUGGGCAAAGUCUGGAUGCAGUUCAGAGAUCAGUAGAAGCUCUGGAAGACUGUUUUCUCUUCAAUGCGGGUAAAGGCUCAGUAUUCAACAGAGAAGGCAAAAAUGAAAUGGAGGCCACCAUUGUAGAUGGCAAUCAAAUGAGGUCUGGAUCUGUUGCCUGUGUGCAAAGUGUAAAGAAUCCAAUAAAAGCAGCUCGAUGUGUCAUGGAAAAAAGCUCCCAUUCCCUCAUUAUGGGAGACGGUGCUGAGGAAUUUCUGCAAGGGAUGGAAGAAGAGGCAAAACCUGUCAAACCUGACUAUUUCUACACUGAUCUCCGUCAUAGAGAGUUAGCUCUGAAGCUCAGUGGUGUAAAUCCUUCAAAAAACAAUCAUCCUCAAACAGUUGGAGCUGUGGCAUUGGAUUGUCAGCAUGGGUUGGCUGCUGCAUCAUCAACAGGUGGGUUAGUGGGGAAAAUGAAAGGGCGAGUUGGUGAUACAGCGGUAGUUGGAGCAGGAAUUUAUGCUGAUAACACAUUAGCAAUUAGCUGCUCUGGAGAUGGCGAUGUGUUUCUAAGACACACUGUUGCACAAAAAAUCGCCAGCCUCUACCAUCUUAAAGGCUGUAGUCUCAGACAGGCAUGUAGAGAGGUGAUCACAGAAAACCUAAAAGACGUAUGUGCAGGAGUCAUUGCAGUUGAUUCUAAACGGGAUGCUGUUAUUGAAACAAAUGCUGGUGUCAUGUUUGUAGCCACAAAUAUAGGUGGAAUAUCAAGAGUCGAGGUGCUUCGACCCCUAAAGAAUGUCUCUAAUGUGAUCUGGGAAAAAGAUGACCUGAUUGCAUACCUUAAUCCCAACCCUUGGACCCCUGGGUCAACUAUUUUGAGCAGAAAAACUCUUAGUGGGGCCCAAAGCAUCUUCCAUUUGGCUGAACCUGAUUUUGUGUCUCUGCUACAAGAAGCGAAAUCUGUAUCAAGUAUUCUAUGUGGACAACUGGGAGUUCAACGUUGUGCUUUGGUUUUCUAUCCCAACGCCAAUCAACCAGCACAAAUCAGACUGCUACCCCUACAUGGUUUAGGGCCAAAGUGGCAUCCCCAUCUUGCCAGCCAAGAGGAAUUUUACUCUUACAACCCUGGAUACUGUACCUCUAAAAGUGGUCCACGUUGGGAUGAUGCAGCACUGGACAAGGUUCAAGCCCAAAUUAGGAAAGGAUUACCAACCACAAAUGCACCCUCUAGCUUUGAAUUUUUGGGGACUUGCUCUGAUGAUGACCUAUUCAGUCGCAUUGUACGAGGAGAGGAGCAACAGUGGAGAGUAUGGGAAGACAGUCAACAUGUUGCCUUUCUAACACCCUACCCAAACACUCCUGGAAUAACUGUUGUGGUGCCACGCAAACCACUGCCCAGUGACAUCUUGAAACUGAAGGAUAAUGACUACAAAGCUCUGAUCUUGGCAACUUAUAAAGUCGCCCAACUGCUGGAAGAGGGAAUGGAAGCUCAAUGUGUUGCACUUAUCUUUGAGGGCUUUGAAAUUAACUAUGCUCAUGCCAAGCUGAUCCCUGUGCUACCUUUUCCAGAAGGCCUUAAACUGGCUCGACCACAAGCAGAAUUAUUCCUAAAAUACCCUGGAUAUGUAUCCUCACUUGAUGGUCCAGCUGCUCACCCAGAUGACCUCAAAAUGCUGUACUCCAAAAUCACUCAGUGCCAGCCUCCAAAAUCAUGGGAAGACCCUCAGUCCCACUCCAUACUCGCUAUCACGAGCCAGUGGUAUCGCAACCUGUUCCAGAUACAGAACACUCUUUUCCACAGCACAGUGGAAUAUUUUAGCAAUUCCUGUCAGUACUCUUAUGCUCUGACGCCUCUCACUACAGACACCAUCUCCUCCCCAAUGGGUCUGGGGUCUGAUUCAAAGCCGGUUUCUGUUAAUCUUUUGGGUCAAGACAUCUACCUAGCAGACUCUAUGCAAUUUGUGCUUGAAUAUUUCCUCCGUUUCCAGGAUAACCUGCAGGGGACCUACUACAUAUCCCCCAGUUUUAGAGGAGAAGAUCCUGAUGCCACACACUUGAACCAAUUCUACCAUGUGGAGUGUGAACUGUUGGGUGACAUAGACUGUGCCAUUUCAAUAGCAGAGGGAUAUUUGUGUCAUCUCACCAAGUCCAUGCUGAAGAGACACUCAGAUCUAAUCCUCAGCAUUGCUGGGACCCUCACACACGUCACGUUGAUGCUGAGUAAAUUGGAUGGGGAAAAAACACUACCACGAGUCUCUCUAGACCAGGCCAUUUCAAUUAUGCCUUCUGCUGAUUGCUUGGAGUGGGUACAAGAUGGUCAGCCCCAGUUUGGCAGAAAGCUUACACGCAAAGGAGAGCGGGUGUUGAUAGAAAAAUACGGUGGUGUUGUUUGGCUGACUGAGAUGGACCAUCUGGCAGUUCCCUUCUACCAGGCCUAUGUGGAGGGCAGUGGGCAGUGCAAAGCCAAGGCUGCAGACCUUCUGCUGGGCUUGGGAGAGACUGUGGGUCUUGGUGAACGUCAUUCCACCCCUUCCAUGGUACAGGAGGCUCUCAGACACCAUGCAGUUCCACAGCAGCCCUAUAAGUGGUACGCUGACAUGCGCGAGGUGAAACCACUUCUUACCAGCGGGUGGGGGAUGGGGACGGAGCGAUACUUGUGUUGGCUUCUUCAGCAUAAUGAUGUAAGAGACAUACAGAUUAUUCCGAGACUAAAAGGAAAUAAGUAUAUGCCAUGAUCAUCAAUACUCUGGCAAUGGAUAUCUGACGAAUUAUAUAUCUUCUUUUCCUUUCGGCUUGUCCCUUUAGGGGUCGCCACAGCGCGUCAUCCUUUUCCAUGUAAGCCUAUCCCCUGCAUCCUCCUCUCGAACACCAACUUCCCUCCUCUGACUAAAGAUAUAUACACAGCAUGAACUGUCAAUCAUAUCGUGCCUCAAUGAUGCAAAUUAUUUGAAUGUCCA